GCUGCCGCAAAGCGCGGCCGGGAAGAUGGCGGCGCGCUGGGCGCUGGGCGCGGGUGCUGCCUGGGCGCGGGGUCUCCUCAGCUGGGCACGGCCAGAGAGGUGGCUGCCAUGUGGGAGCGUCUUGCCUCUGUCCUGCAUCCACACCAGCACUUUCCUGCAGAAGAUUGGGAAGUGGGAGAAGAAGAACAGGAUUGUUUACCCUCCCCAGCUGCCUGGAGAGCCUCGCAGACCGGCUGAAAUAUAUCACUGUCGGAGGGAAAUAAAAUACAGCAAAGAUAAGAUGUGGUACCUGGCAAAACUGAUAAAAGGAAUGUCCAUUGAUCAGGCUCUUGCUCAGCUGGAAUUCAGUGACAAAAAGGGAGCAAAGGUGAUCAAAGAGGUUCUGUUAGAAGCACAGGAAAUGGCUGUAAGAAAGCACAAUGUGGAAUUCAAAUCAAACUUACACAUAGCGGAGUCGCAGACGGGCAGGGGCCGCUACGUGAAGCGCCUGCGGUGCCACGGCAAGGGCAUGUUUGGCAUGAUGAAAAUCAGCAGGUGCCACUACUUUGUGAAGCUGGUGGAAGGUCCUCCUCCUCCCCCAGAGCCACCAAGGACUGGCUUUGACCAAGCAAAGGAGUACGUGCAGCAGCUGAGGAGCAGAACCCUGGUUCACACACUGUGACUCACUUUAGUGGCUGUAGAGGUGUCUCUUGUUGGCCAAUGUAAUUGUGUGAAGGAAUCAUUAAAGGCAUGGUUUAAUUAUA